AUGCUUUAAAGUGAAGUAAAGAACUUUUUUGGCAUAAUUAAGCCUAAUCAAACACCAAGACUAAUUGGGUCUAAUAAUAAUAAGUUAAAAUUUUUCUUUGAAAGAAACAAACUUCCAGUUCCUUUGCUUAAAUAAAAAGAAUCCACAUAAAUACCUGAAAUUAAAUAAUAUGUAACUCAUACUGCUAGGAAAGAAGAAACUCCUAAAAGCAAAUUUCUUAAGGAUAAUGAUUAUUUUUACAAUUCUUUAGAAAAAAUAGUAAAAAAUGCCUUAUCUUCGGAAAUUGAAUCAACAGGGUCGCAGAAAAGACUAGAGGAGCAAUAAUUUUAUGAUUCAUAUAAAAAUAUUCAUAAGAACCAAAUAAAAUAUUUACCUAAUGACUACGUUAAACUUGAUGGUGCAGACUAUUACUAUGAAUAUUUUUAAGUUUGCUAACAAAAGAAUUUGUAUCCAAUUGCAACUGGAAUAGUUAAAGGUCAUGGCAUGUAAUCUUAAAGCUUGAGAUUAAAUGACUUUAGUUUGGGAAAGGAUUACUCAACUGCAAUAUUAGAAACAUUGCUGGAAUAAAAACUGAAAAUUCAAUAGAAAUAUAAUCUCAAAGUCUUUAAUUUCAAAAAUAAUAGACUCAGUGAUGAAGAUUCUCCAUUUUAAAGAUUAGUAACUUUGAAUAUGGAAAGCUGUAACAUAGGCUGUAAUGGGCUAAAGCAUCUAAGUUGGGGAAUGAGAGAAAAUUAUUGCUUACUCACACUUAAUUUAAGUAAUAAUAAUAUAACAGAUCAAGGUGCCAAAAAUAUCUAAAAUCUUAUUAAAACCAAUCGAAACUUAACAUGCUUGCUACUUAGAUGGAAUUAAAUAACUAACAAAGGAGGGAAAAGAAUAGCUGUAUCUCUUGCAAAUAAUUAGUUUAUCAAGAUAAUUGAUCUAUCAUUCAAUGCCCUUGGCACUGAUGAUCUAAUGUAUCAUGCACUAUUGAAGAAAGCUGAAGACAGUGAAAACGAGGAAGUGUAGACAAAGGCUUAAAUACUAAAAUCACUAUGCGCUUUCUAGCUCAGAAAAUGCUUUGAGUUGAAUAAAUGUCUGAUUCACAUUGAUCUUUCUCAUAAUAACUUUGGAGUAAAUGAAUGCAAUUAAAUGAAUGAAGGUUUGAAAGUAAAUUAAAUCAUCUUAGGUAUUCACAUGCUUGGAAAUAAGUUUGAUACUGACGCGAAGGGAUUUUUAAGUCAAACAGGAAUUCCUGCAGCUGCAUCACAUCUUAUGACUAGAAUAGGUGAUUAACUAAAAAGAGGAACAGCAAAUAAUCCUUUAAAAAUUGAACUUAAAGCAACCUCUAAUUGUUGGAUUUGUGAGGGAUGGACAAGCAUUAAAUUUUAACAUAAACCAUUAAGUUUAGAUGAUAAGAAUUCUUUAAUGCCAUUUACAAUUAAAGUUGCUGCGGUAUAUCUAAAUUUAUCAAUAGAUAAUUACAAGGGGGAUCUAAUGAAUAGUUCAUCUGACGGUACUACUUUUACUUUGAGAAGGAUGGUGCCUCCAACUAAAAUAAGAUACUAUUACACAGUCCAUUAUAAGAAGAAGGUUGGAAGGAAAAUUCUUAAAUUAGAAUAGAUUUAAUAUGAUAAUGAUUAAGUUCCUGAGGAGAUAGAUGAAAUGAUUAAAAUUGAUGAGCAAGAAAUCAAUGUCCCAUAAACUAAUAUUAUUGAGGGAAUUAUCUAAAAGCAAGAUUAUUUGACAGCUAAAAAAAUCAAAUAUCUUGGCUGCAAACCUAGAGAAGCGAGAAAUAAUGAAUCUACUCUGACUAAGUGUUUCGAAUUCGAUUGGAUGUGCGGUAAAAUUCAAAAACUCGUUAAGGAUUAAAAAGAUGAAGAGGCGCUUAAGAAAUUUCUCAAGGACAAUUAUAAGAAAAUCAGAGAAACCUAUAAAUAUUAUGCUGGAAUUUCACUCGUAAAUGGUGUUCCUGCCAUAGGGACUAAUGUUCUAAGUGAAUUCAUAACUAAUAUUAAUUUAGCAGAUGGAAAAUAAGUCAAGCUAUCUGACAUUGAUGUUGAAUUUAUAGCCACAAAUGUUUCAUCAAACUACUAAGGCAAGAUCAAGGCAAUGAAUCCUGAGAGACAUCUUUGCAGAUUUGAAUUUCUAGAGCUAAUUGUAAGACUAGCGAUAACUAAGUAUAAAAAGGGGAAAUAAGUAGGAUCUGUAACAUCAAUGGUAGAAAAAUUAUUUUCAGAUCAUCUCAAUGAAUUCAUAAAAGGAUUCAACAGUCAUUCAUGGAGAGAGGAAAGAUUCUGGAAUAAAGAAUGUGAAUAGGUAUUGGAAUAUUAUUUACCCAUGUUAAAAGCAUUAUUUCAAAAGUAUGCUAUUCCAACAAAUAAGUCAGGCCAUUAGAGUGGUCCUAAAAAUCUGAUAGUUUUUGAAUAAUUUUAAAGGAUGGUAUAGAGCUCGCUGUUGGUAUCUUAGAUCUUGCCACCAAGAGAAAUAAGUAUUGCUUUUAAUCUAGGCAUGAUGACCUAAGUGAAUGAAGUAGACUUUGAUAGACAUUGCCACAUGACGUUUGAAGAAAUGAUUGACGGAUUAGGAAGAGUUUCUGAUAAAUUUACUGAAAAGCAGAUUGACUAACUAUAGGCUCUCCACGAAAAUGAAGACCUUGAAGGAUAAAUAGACACUUCAAACAAUGGUAACAGAAGAGAUACAAGAAGAGACACAGAAGUGCUGGCAGGGGCGGAUCAAUCAAUGAUCGAGGGUUGGAAACUUCUAAAACUAGUAUCAUCUCAGUCAUAAGCUUAAAAUUUACUUAAAGCAUUUAAUGUAUACUGCGCUUGA